UGAAGAGUGAUGGGACCAGUCAUAUUUUACAUCCAUAUAGCACGUAGCAAAAACCAACACGUCGCGCCAGUUUUGAAAAUGCGACCAAUAUUUCCUUUCAUAAGCAAACUCUUUAUUUUUAUCGUUGGAAUUGCUGCUUUUGCAUCUGAAUCUGUAUUGACAAUGGCGAUUGUCACAGCAAUGCAUGAUGCAGCCCUUUCUUGCAAAUUGACACAUCAUAAACAAGUCGUUCAAGUCACAUGGAAGAAAAUAACAUUGAACUCGAUUGAAAACGUGGCAAGUUUCAGCCGUUUCGGUGCGAAAAUCUCGAAGCCUUUCCAAGAUCAUGUGCAAUUUCUGGAGCAUGGGUUGCAUAAGAGCUCACUCCUCAUCAAAGGAGUGCGGAGAGACAACGAAGCUUGCUACAAGUGUACUUUUUAUUCAUUUUCCGAUGAAGCCAUAAGUUCAACUGCGUGCCUGAAAGUCGAAGAGCGUAAAGAGCCGGUGACAGAAGUGAGAAAAGCAUUAAGCCGGGAUGACCGUAUUCUGCAUACGCUGUCAUGCUCCGACGGUGCUUCGAAGUUCUUGGGACACAUGCACAAUGACAGCCCUGUGGGGAGCUCUGUGGGACGCUUUGACCCCAGUUCGGAUCUCUCUGUAUCCGUGAUAAAAGCUUCUGUGGUGGAUGACAGAAAUUUGAUCUGUGUUGUACAUCCCCCUCCCGAGGUCAAGGGAAAGGAUGUCUCCAUGGUAAAAGGUGAGCCACAGAUGAUGUUCCUCAGUAACCGAAAUGGAAGACUUUCACCUACGCUCGGGUUUGUGAUCCUCGUGACUGGACUGGGAAUAUACAACAGCUGAACUCUAGUGUUAAAAACUUUUUUUUAAAUGACAGGCAGGUCUAUAAUAAUAAUGGAAUGCAUCUCUAUCACAACUUUCACAAUCUCCAAGAGCCGGUGAACAGGAAUUAUUUCACUAGAAAUGUUAAUAAUUGUUUAUCUUUUCCUCGUUCGUCUUUUUCUUUCCUUUUUUUGUAUAUAUUUGCUUGUUUUAUACACUAUUAAAGAUGAAUAAAU